AUGAUCACAGUUUCACCCAUUGACUAUACGUGUCAGAAACCAAUGGCCCUAUCCAAACGUCAUGUCAUUACAGCAAUCACACUUCACGUUGUACAUAUAAAACAAAAAUACAGUAAUCUUACGGAGGCUUUCCAGGAUCAAUCUGGCCUUGCAGUGUUUGGAUUCUUCUUAGAGGAGUCAAACAGCGACAACAAAAAUUUUGACAAUCUCAUAAAUGUCCUGAGGAGCAUAGAGAACAAAAGUGGAGAUGUUUCCAUUAGAAACAUCUCAGCCAGUCAGUUCAUUCUGCCGGAGGAGAACAUGACCAGCUAUUACCGUUACAAUGGCUCUCUGACCGCACCCAACUGCUCUGAAUCUGUGAUCUGGACCGUCUUUGAAAAGACCAUUCCUCUUAGCAAAAAACAGGUACGGCUGAAUCCAAAUCAAUCCGUGAGGACACUACUGAACAAGCUUUGA